GACACGCUGUCUGGCUGUAGGUGUCAGGCUGUGUAGUGACUGACACGCUGUCUGGCUGUAGGUGUCAGGCUGUGUAGUGACUGACACGCUGUCUGGCUGUAGGUGUCAGGCUGUGUAGUGACUGACACGCUGUCUGGCUGUAGGUGUCAGGCUGUGUAGUGACUGACACGCUGUCUGGCUGUAGGUGUCAGGCUGUGUAGUGACUGACACGCUGUCUGGCUGUAGGUGUCAGGCUGUGUAGUGACUGACACGCUGUCUGGCUGUAGGUGUCAGGCUGUGUAGUGACUGACACGCUGUCUGGCUGUAGGUGUCAGGCUGUGUAGUGACUGACACGCUGUCUGGCUGGGGAGGAGGAAGCAGGAAGAUUUGAUCAGGUUCGGAGCUGCCACCACAGCUCUCCAGAGAUGUUGUGGCUCCCGGUGUCCGCAGUCCUGGCAGCUGUGAUCCUCCCUCCAG